AUGGAGCACGAUCCUUUGACAUAGUUUCUGCAUCUCCUCAAAUAGAAGCUAGCACUCACUGAGAAAUCAUUCUGGGAUUUGAGCAACGAUGAAGGCCAUUCUGCAGAACAAGAAAUUGCACUAGCCAAAGAAUUGAUGAUGCAAGAAAGACACAUUCAAUUGAUUGACUAAACCAUAAAAUUGAGGAAUCAAGACAAGACCUUAAACUUUGCAUUCCCAAUGAAAUAUGCCAUGAGUCUCCUACAAAAUCAAGACAUCAUCGAAGAAUACAAAUAGUAUAAUAUAAUUGAUGUCUCUGAAGAGUUCGAAAAAAUUAAUCUUAAUACCAUCACAGAGGAGUAGGUUAAAGGAUAUUUGAUAAUGAAAUUCGAUGAUGCAGCUAGUUAAAGGAGUGAUGCGUGGGAAGAUGAUUUAGGUGAAGUUGUUGAGGUGGAUAAUCAAGAAUUAGAAGCCCUAGAAAAAGAAGUUGACUAAUAGGAGGAGAAGAUAAUGGAAGAAGAAGAAUAAAUGAUUAAAUAAUAGCCUGAAUUGUUAGAAUAAAUUGAUGACAAUCACAUUGAUCCAAGUUGGAAAAUUGAUGAAUCUAAAGCUUAAUUGAAAAUACAUAAUAAAGUUAUAUGCACUUUUGCUUAAAAUCCUGUUUCAAAAGAUAUUAUUGCCAGUGGUUCUGAAGAUGAUCAUCUAAAACUUAUUAAACUCAGCACUCAAAAAGUAAUUUUUGAAAAGAAAUACGAUGAAACUGUAGGAUUGGUUGAUUUUAGUUUUGAUGGCAAAUACGUUGCUGCUGGUAUAUUAACAGGAAAGAUAUAUAUCUAUUUAUUAAAUGAUAUGAGUGAAAAAAUACUUGAUGGAAGUCAAACAGAACCAAGUGUGUUGAAAUGGCAUCCAAAAGGAAAUGUUAUUUUGGCAGGAUUCUAAGAUUCUACUUUAUGGAUGUGGAAUGGAGUCACAGGUGAAGUAAUGAGUGUAUUUGCUGGACAUGAAGCAGAAAUUACCUGUGGUGGUUUCACUUUAGAUGGUAAACUAGUUGUAAGUGGUUCUGCUGAUCAAUCAUUUAGAGUUUGGAAACCCAAUACUUCUGAAUAAGUUGUUAAAAUAAGUUCAGUUGCACAUAAACACAAUUAUCAUAAGGAUGAUGUCGUCUGUUUUGUCUAACAUCACAAAUAACCAAUCAUUGCAACUGGAAGUAGUGAUUCCACUAUUGCAUUCAUCAAUUUUGAAGAUGGAAAAGUUAUCGGCAAAAGUGAUCCAUUAGGAGACAGCAUUGUUGAGUUAUGUCUCAUUGGAACUGGUUAGUAGAUUAUUGUAGCAGGAGAUAUUUUGGGAUCUAUCUACAUCUACAAUUGGAAUUCAAUGAAAUUAAUUGAAAAAUUAUGCUUAUGCAAGAGUUCAAUCACUAAAAUAUUAUUUUAUAAUCAACAAUUCCAUAUAUCUAGUUUAGAUGGAAAGAUUGUCACCUUUGAUGUAAGAUAAAUGCACAAUUACAGAGUACUUUAAGCUAAAUCAGGAAUCUAUGAGAUGAUAGUUGAAGAAGGAUGGAUUUUAGUUGGAUGUGAAAAUGGCUAUGUAUAUGUCUAUUGA